AUGUCCUUAUCACAAUACAUUGACCUCUCGCAGCCGAGCCUGGUCGUGUCGGCCGUGACAAUUGCAUUCAACCCGCUCUUCUGGAACAUUGUUGCCCGUCAAGAAUAUAGCAACCACUUUUUGACCAAGCUGUUUAGUGGUAACAAGUACAAUGGGUGCUACUUCCUGGCUGUUACCAUCUUCUCGCUAGGCAUAAUCCGCGACCAUUUAUACAACGACGCCCUCAAGAACCAGCCCUACUUUGCACCUGUCCACCAGCAGUACCUGGCCUAUGGCCUCUUCGCUACGGGAAAUGUACUCGUUCUAUCUAGUAUGUGGGCACUCGGAAUCACAGGAACUUACCUCGGAGACUACUUUGGAAUCCUUAUGGAUGCUCCCGUGACCGGCUUUCCGUUCAACAUCACCAGUGCUCCUAUGUACUGGGGCAGCACCAUGAGUUUCCUGGCUGUGGCCUUGUAUCAUGGCAAGCCUGCUGGUCUCCUACUCACUGCUGAGGUCUUCAUCUGCUACAAGAUCGCCUGUCUAUGGGAAGAACCAUUCACUGAAGAGAUCUAUAGCAAGCGUGAUAAGGAGAGAUCCGCUGCAAAUAAGGCCGGGAAGGCUUCUUAG